CGUCGACGUUUGAAGCGCGGGGCGGCAGCCGGAGCGCGGGCGCCAUGGCGGCUCCGGGGCUGGCGGAGGAGGAGCGGUACCGGGGGCUGGUGAAUGGAGCGAAGGCGGCGGCGGGCAGCGGGGACCUGGAGGAAGCGCUGCGGCUGUUCCGGCUGGCGGCCGCCAUCCGCCCCAGCGAGAAGCUGCGGGGCCGCAUGCAGCGGGUGGAGGAGGCGCUGGCCGCGGCGGAGCAGGAGGAGGAGGAGGAGGAGGAAGGCUUCGUGGACGUGUGCGGCAGCGGCCUGCUGAUCUACGGGGAGAUGCACGGGAAGCUCUUCCAGCACCAGCGGGAUGGCGUUGCCUUCCUGUACCGCCUGCACCGGGAGGGCAGGCCCGGCGGCAUUCUGGCGGAUGACAUGGGCCUGGGCAAGACCAUCCAGGUCAUCGCCUUCCUCUCGGGCAUGUUCGAUGCCGAGCUCAUCCGCCACGUCCUGCUCAUCAUGCCCACCACCCUGGUCAGCAGCUGGCUGGCAGAGUUUGCUCGCUGGACCCCCGGCCUGCGCGUCAAGGAGUUCCACGGCACCAGCAAGACGGAGCGCACCAGGAACCUGGAGAGGGUCCAGAGGAAGAACGGCAUCGUCGUCACGAGCUACCAGAUGCUCAUUAACAACUGGAAGCAGCUUGCCAGCAGCUGCGAGCAAGAGUUUGUCUGGGACUACGUCAUUCUUGACGAAGCGCAUAAAAUCAAGUGCCCGUCUAACAAAACGACCAAGUGUGUAUAUGCGAUUCCUGCAAAGCAUCGCCUCCUCCUCACGGGCACCCCAGUGCAGAACAACCUGCGGGAAAUGUGGUCCUUAUUUGAUUUUGCAUGCCAAGGCUCUCUCUUGGGAACGGCCAAAACUUUUAAAAUGGAAUAUGAGAAUCCUAUUACUAGGGCAAGGGAGAAGGAUGCAACUCUAGGUGAGAAAGCACUGGGGCUAAAGAUAUCUGAGAAUCUAAUGACCAUUAUAAAGCCGUAUUUCCUCAGGAGAACCAAAGACGACAUCAAAAACAAUCGUGCUGACAAACCAGACGCUCCUCUUCCCGAGGAUCCAAGUGAGAGCAGUGCUCCUGUCAUGCCAUCUCUCACUAGGAAAAAUGACUUUGUUGUGUGGGUGUACUUGGCACCAGUGCAGGAAGAAAUCUACAGGAGCUUCCUCUCUCUGGAUCACGUGAAAGAAGUGCUGACGACAACCCGAUCGCCUCUGGCUGAGCUGACUGUCUUGAAGAAGCUGUGUGACCACCCCAGGCUUCUGUCUGCAAGAGCAUGUAUCCAGCUGGGCUUGGAAGAACAGGAGUACUCUGAGCAGGAUCACGGGACUGAAGCAGGUAUGCUUUCAUGCGCUAAUAAAAUAGAUCAUCUCUCUGAUGAGACUCUGGUUCAGGAGUCUGGGAAAAUGCUGUUCCUCAUAGGGCUUCUAGAAAGACUGCGAGAAGAGGGACACAGAACCCUGGUAUUCUCGCAGUCAAGGAAGAUGCUGGAUAUCAUAGAGCGUGUCUUGUCUCGCAGACAUUUUAAGAUCAUGCGUAUUGACGGAACGGUAACCCACCUAACAGAACGGGAGAAGCGCAUUAACGCCUUUCAGUGUAACAAGGACUACUCCGUCUUCCUGCUCACCACUCAAGUUGGUGGCGUUGGUAUAACCUUAACAGCAGCCAGCCGAGUGGUGAUCUUUGAUCCCAGCUGGAAUCCAGCUACAGAUGCUCAGGCUGUAGACAGAGCUUAUAGGAUUGGGCAAAAAGAGAACGUAGUAAUUUAUAGACUGAUUACCUGCGGUACAGUGGAAGAGAAAAUAUACCGGCGACAAGUAUUUAAGGAUUCACUAAUAAGACAGACUACCGGUGACAAAAAGAACCCGUUUAGAUAUUUCUCCAAGCAGGAACUGAGGGAGCUCUUCACAUUAGAAGAUACUCGAACAUCUGCAACUCAGAUCCAGCUGCAGUCCUUGCACGCCACCCAAAGAAAGACUGACCUGCAGCUGGAUGAACACAUUGCUUAUUUGCACUCUCUGGAAAUGUUUGGCAUUUCUGAUCAUGACUUGAUAUAUACAAGGGAAAUAGCUCAUGAGGAGCAGGUUGAGAGUGAAGAAGCCCAUCAGUACAUUCAACGGAGGGUACAGAAGGCCCAUGAGCUAGUUCAGUUAGAGUCUCAGCUUAGAGACCAGAGGAUGGAGGGGAUCAGAAAUGCUUGUGAAGAGAUGUGGCAAAGACCACCAGAAUUGGUUUCCGAGCCAAAGAAGUUGUCUCCAGGGUUGAACAACAUAAAUCGCUUUGUUUCACCACCAGUAGCUGAUAAACACGAAAAUGACAAAGUUAUUGAUCUUACAGAGGACAAGGAGGCCCAGGUUCUUAAUGUCAGCUCCAAAAUGACAAAUCUGACUAAUGAUGACUUGGACGAAGAGAAAUGGGCACAAGAUGUGUCUAGUACAGAUACAGAGCUGCUUAAUACCAGCAAGACAGGGAAACAAUCCAGUAUACAAGAAUCUGAGCAAAAUCUUGAAUCAAGCAUUAUACCAUCAUCACCUGGACUUCAUCCACUUGAUAAAGAGAGUCAGAGUCUCGAACACAAACAGUGUUCCCAUGUAAAUUCGGACAGCUUGACUGAGGCAGGGAAUGGCCUGUCUGGGCAACGACAGCAUUCCUCUAAUGACUCUUGUGUGGCUGAUGAUCCCAAAAGCUUAAGAGAUGCAGAAAUGUCAGAUCAGGUACUUGACCCACAUGCUGCCUUGGGUACGGAUACAAAUGACGUUCCUGAGUUAGCUUUCGCUGCCACAGUGCCCAGUUUAUCAAAUGUUACACCAGAAAUCCAUGCUGGGCUCCAGAAGUCUCAUAUGUUGGAAGCCAGCUUGGAGGAUAUGUGUGUGCCUUCUCUCCAGGAUCAAGUUGACUUCAAUCUGGUCUUGGAAGAGUCUGAAGAUGGAUGGCAAGAUGCCUCAAACAGGGAAAGAUCACUGGAACACCCAGAAAAGGAGGGCUUCCAACUAAAAGCAGAAAGUUUUUGUAAGUCUCCAACAAAAAAAUCUCCAACAAAAACUUGGCUAAGUGAGAACAAUAACUGCGGAAAACCCUGCCAUGCAGCUGAAGAAGAGCCAAAUAACUCCCUGCAAGGGAGUGAAGCAUCAGAUGAAAGCAGCGGUGCCUUUGUUUUUGGUAGAAAGAAAUGCUUAAACAGAAUUGUUUCAGACAGUGAGGAUGAAGACCAUUCCGUUAUGAUCUUGGAGGAAAACCAGUCUGAAAAAAGGCCCUCUCCCUUCCACAGCCCUCUGCAUCAAUUUAUGGAAGGAAUUAGUGCAUCCACUCCUAAAUGUGACAGAAGUAUAGCAAAAGCCGUCUUUUCUCCUCAACUAACGAACAGUGGUAACAGGUCUAACGCUUCCAGACGAUCUCUAAUCAACAGGGUGGUAGAUGAGGUUGAGGAUAUUGGAGAAAUCAUGGGAACCACUGAUGAAGAUGAUGAUGACAGCAAUGAGGAGAAAGAUGACCUUGUGGAAGAAGAAGCUGAAGAGUGUAGUGGGGAAUCUGCUGAGCCUGAAGAAGAACCUGCUGGAGAAACACUUGAUACAGCGGAAGAAUCAUUCCUUCUAGACUGUAUGCUCUCUGAGCAGUCUGAAGCAGAUGAGACGGAGUCAUCUCAGGAGGAAUCCACUGGUGAUGCUGAGCUUCAGUCAGGUGAGCAGAUAGAUUACUUCACCCAGGAAAGUGUCUCUGAAAAAGAGGCUCGUCAGAGUUCCUCUCCCACUGUAGGCAAUUAUAAUACCUUGGUAGACAGUGGGAAGAAACUUAAGGAUGAUGGAAAACUGCAGGAGGCAUUGAACUGUUUCCUGCAAGCUCUUGACAUAAAAAGUGGAGAUCCUGAAGUUAUGCUUAUGACUUUAAACUUGUAUAGACAGCUAGCCCAGAAAUGAAAUCUGCAUACAUUUAAGUACAGUCUUACUUUUUUCUCAUUAAAUGUUUGUCUGAACUACAUCACUUUUAAGCUAGUUCAAAAAAAAAAAAAAAAAAAAAGACUGAUGGCUGCAAUAUACCUUCAUGGUGACUGAACAAAUUCAGCAUGUCCUCCCGCAUCAGGAAACAGUCUAAGAAUCUAGUUGUCAGGUGCUGGGGAAGGGACUUCACUGUGGAUGCAGUUCACAAGGAUGAAAACAGUUCAUGCUACUGUCUAAUUAUUUAAUAAAGUUGUCUUUUAUGUUUAAACCCC